AUGCCAUUAUUACACCUCCGCCUCUUCCUCCGCCUCGUCUUUUCUUUCCUCUUCACCUCUCGAGGGUUGAGAUGUAGCAACAUGUUGACCAUCACAAGCUCUAUUCUUAUUCCCGGCCAUGUCUUUCCUCCGGUCAUCUUCACCUCGCUCGCCGUUUAUCUCACCUCAAUCUACCUCUCCCCGCCUAGGAACAAGAACAAUGGCAUUUUCAAAUCUCUUAUCACUGGAGUGCCCUGCCGCCAAUCGUGGGCCACACGCCUGGCCAUCCUGAUCAACCUCCUUUGCGGCCUGUUCACAACAGACUUUCUCCUUCGAGGCUUCGUCCUGUAUCCCACCACCAACCUCCGUGUCUCGCGCAUCGGAUAUAUCUCACAUAGUACGGCCAAGCUACUCAUUCGUGAGCCUGAUCAGGCGCUUCUUCCACUUGUGGUGUCAUAUAAGGAAGCCGACAACGCGAACAGCGAUCCCACUCCGUGGAUUCACGCAGCGACCGUGGAGACUCUGGACGAUUCGACCGAUUUCACAACCACCAUAACCUUCAGGGGACUAAAUUCCUCCUCUUCGUACCAUUAUGCUCUUUCCAACAACAAAACCGGUCUCUUCGUCACAAACCCAGCGCCGGAGUCUUCGGCCGCCAAUCGCCUCAGCUUCCUCACUUCGAGCUGCAUGAAGCCCAACUUCCCUUACGACCCUCGGCGGCAUCCGCUACGUAUUCAGGGACUCGAGACAAUGACAGCAGCCGUCUCGUCAUUGAGCCGUAUUCCCUCGUUCAUGCUAUUCUUAGGCGACUUCAUCUACAUCGAUGUCCCACAACGAUUCGGCUCAUCCGUCGCCCACUACCGCAGCGAGUACCGCCGAGUCUACUCUUCCCCAUCCUGGUAUCCAUCAGCCAUCAAUAUCCCAUGGAUCCAUACCCUUGACGACCACGAGAUCGCCAACGACUGGAACCACGGGAAUACGACUCCCCCUUACCCCGCUGCCAUAGACCCCUACCUUCACUACCACGCCUCCAUCAACCCCCCAGCCCCCGACACAGAGACCGAAAACACCAAAUCCUCCUACUCAACCUUCACCAACGGCCCCGCAGCAUUCUUUCUCACAGAUACCCGCUCCUACCGCUCCCCAGAGGAGGAAACUAUCCUCGGCAAGGCCCAGCUCUCGUCCCUUCUCGCCUUCCUCGCCCGCCCAGAACCCGCCCACGUCCGCUGGAAAAUCGUCUCCUCCAGCGUCCCCUUCACCCGUAACUGGCACGCCGGCACCUCAGACACAUGGGGUGGCUUCUUAUCCGAGCGCGCCACCGUCUUCGCUGCAAUGCGCGCCGCGCAGCGCAAUCUGGGAAUCCGAAUUGUCCUUCUCUCCGGCGAUAGGCACGAGUUCGCCGCGACUAGAUUCCCGCCUCUCCCUACAGCCCAUGACCCUCCGUCCUCCUCUUCAGUGAAUCAGCAAGAUCUCGAAACAGACCAGGAACUCAUCGAGUUCUGCACUGGGCCUCUAAGCAUGUUUUACCUCCCCGUCCGCACAUACUACCAAUCAGGGCCCGAUGACGUGCCCCUGAAGUACCUCCCCGACGGGAACACGAAAUUUGGGCUCGUUGAGAUUGAUGAUGGCCUUGUUGAUGAGGUGCCGAGUUCGGUGCUCACGUAUACUCUAUAUAUCGAUGAUGAAGUUGUCUGGAAGUAUCGGUUGAGUGUGCCACUGGCUCCGAUGUCCAAAGCUCAGGGCGCAGCUGAAGGUGCAGAGGGCGUCUCUUCGUCGCACGCGUUGUUCCAGCCUGGAGAGGUGCUUGUGGAUAAGUCUUCUGAGAAGUGGGUGGACGUUGUUACUGAUUGGGUGUUGCGAUGGACUGGGUUGAUGGUUGAGCAUCCGGCGAAAGAUUGGAUUGUGUAG